GGACGAUAAAAUAACCAACAGUUGUGAUAGAAGUUUUGCCAUUGAGAACUGCGCAUGCGCUGUUCACACAGGUCAUCUGUCUGUUUUCCGCAAGAAGCACCUUUUAAAAUCGUUUUAAAUGAAGCCAUAAAACGUCAAAAGAAGAAAAAGAAGAUCAUCUCCAUCACAUUCCUGGUGUCUGCUCUCCUGUAUCCACAUGGCUCGCGUCUUCGUGUAUGGCACCCUCAAGAAGGGGCAGCCCAACUACUACCGUAUGUUUGAGAGUGCCAAUGGUACGGCGGAGUUCCUCGCCUCGGCCUGCACCACCCAGAAAUACCCACUUGUGAUCGCCGGCAAGUACAACAUCCCUUUCCUCCUCAACAUCCCCGGCCAGGGUCACCGAGUCCAAGGAGAGAUUUAUAAAGUAGACGACAAGAUGCUGAAAUUCCUGGAUGACUUUGAAGGGGUUCCCACCAUGUACCAGCGGACUCAGGUCGAUCUGGAGGUGAAGGAGUGGGUGGGGAAGACAGAGGGAGAGGAGAGGCCGGCAGCAGGGAGCGUCACAGAAGCGUUUGUGUACAGCACGACUGCGUACCAGCCAGACUGGCCCUCACUGCCCUGCUAUGAGAGCUACGACGCAUAUGGAGAUCAUGGGCUCGAGUAUGUGACCAAAGAAGGACGAGACUGAUGUAGCUCGCUGGAAUGAGGAGAGCGGAUCCAGAAUAAAGAGCAAAUAUGAUCCACAAAGUUGACCUGUUUUUUGUUUUUUUUAACCUCUACAAAGAUGCCUCAAAAUAUUGUCUGCAGAGUAGGUGGAGAAUAUAUAUCAGUGACAUCUCAAGAAAAAAAUGUGUCUAGUUUUGUCAAGUUUGAGUACUUCAUGACUCUGUCUGGAAAGCCUGUAAAUCAGACUAGGAGGUUGUGUUGUGGUCCAGUUCCUACAGUAUGUGCUGCAUCUUUAAAAAAAAAACGUCUUAAUGCAUUUUAGUAGGGCAGAAGUACGACAAUGUUUUCAUCUUUUUAAAAGGAAACACAGCCUAUAUGUCAAUAUGUAACAGGUCUUAGUCUCAUUGUAAAUAUACUUUAAAAAGGGCAUUAAUCCUGCUUCUUCUGUGUUAUCCUCCAGUUCCUCAGGCAUUCAAAUAGUUGCACAAAUUUGUAAUGUUUGGCAUGGUACCCAAACACUGUGUAGUUAUUAAAAUAAUGUAUGCCACACCUAAAA